AUGGAAGUUCAUCCGAUUACCGCGUCAUCUGGAGGCCCAUGUCUAGAGUGCGACGACACUAUCGACGGCCAGCUUUUCGAUGCAGACGAAAAAGUAGCAAGCUUCGAAAACGUCGCAGUUGACCAAACAGAUGUGCCAGAUCUGAACAGGACGCUGUCUCGACGGACCAUUCAUUCAACAAGAUCCGCCAUUGAUCCCGAAGCCGAACCCCCAGACGGUGGUCUUCAUGCCUGGCUCAAGGUCUUUGGGUGCUUUCUCAUGUAUGCCAAUACUCUGAGUUUCCAAGUGUCUUUUGGUGCCUAUCAGACAUACUAUCAGCGCUCCUUCCUGUCAAAUAUGUCACCGUCGGCUAUAUCUUGGAUUGGCACCAUCCAGUCCUGGUUUCUGAUUACCACAGGUGUCGUCAGCGGUCCGCUUUUCGAUCUUGGCUACUUCAGACCCAUGUUGUUCGUCGGGAAUACCUUGAUUAUUUUUGGUCUUUUCAUGCUGUCUAUCAGCAGAAGCUACGCCUCAGUCUUUCUUAGCCAAGGCGCCUGCAUUGGCCUGGGCAUUGGUCUCCUUUUUGUCCCGAGCAUGGCUCUUCUUGGACUGAGCUUUAAGAAGCGACUAUCCCUUGCCCAAGGCAUUGUUACGAGCGGGAACGCGGUCGGGGGAAUAGCAUACACGAUUGCCUUCGAUCGCCUCUCCAAAUCGCGCGGUUUCGACUUUGCUGUACGCACCCAAGCUUUCAUUUCCAUUGGCAUGGCCGCCCUUGCUAUUCCCGCCUUGCUUACUGGCACGUCCGCUCUUGCCCGUGCCAGGACAGCGCGAAAGAUCUGGGAGAAGGCCGCUUUUAGAGACCCACUAUUCCUGAUGUUUACCGCCAGUGUCUUCGCGGGGAAUUUGGGCUAUAUUACCCCCUACUUUUUCUUUCCGUCCUUCGCACAGGACUGUCUCGGUGCAUCACAAAGUCAAGCUUUUUACAUUCUGAUAUAUAGUAUUGCCGCUAGUGCGGCUGGAAGAUUACUUACCGGUUCGAUUGGGCAUUAUGUAGGGCCUAUCAUGGCGUGGGCGUUCUGCGCCGCAACUGCGGGCACGAUGUGUUUUACGUGGAUGGCUAUCGCUACACAAAAGGGUAUGAUUGCAUGGGCCGUUGUGUGGGGAUUCUGUUCGGCAGGCCUUGUGACCUUGCCUUCAGCUUCGUUUCCUGGGCUGUGUCCCGAUCCAAGGCGUUUGGGGAGCAGGAGCGGAAUGAGCUUCAGUAUUGCUUCGUUUUCUGCGUUGUUGGGACCUCCAAUUGCAGGUGCAUUGAUUAAGAGAUCGAAUCAAGGCUCUAGCGGGAGGAGGCCGCGUUCGGAAUAUCUGGGUGCACAGGUGUGGGCUGGUUCGUGCUUGGUGUUCGAUGCGGUAUUGGUUUUCAUCCUCUGGCGAAUGGCUGUUAGAAGGCAAAUGGCAAGAUAAUGAACGUAGAAAAUAGAC